AAGCGAGCCGUGCCAGCCGGAACAACUCUCCCGCCGAUGUCGUAGAAGAAAAAGAAAGCUUACAAAUGGCCAUCUACCUCGUGUAUAUCCUAUCGAAUUAACCUAUCACGAUGUCGUCGGUCUAUCGCUUUGCAUACCGGUGGCUUUUCAUAGGUCUUUUAUCCGAGUCCCGUUGCUCGGCGAGAUUAAAGAAUUAUGAAACACGUUCUUUAAUAAUCAACGAGAUUCUCCGGAAGGUCGGGCUUAACUCAUACCUGUUUGGGCGAUUUAAAGAUUCCAUAGGAGCUUCUAAGGGUGGAUCUAAGGUCCUCGAUCUACGAGAUUGCGUACAGAGAUGCAUGACGUCGGUAAACGAGUCUAGAUCCCAGGACAUAGAAUACUAAACCCCGGUUUCCACCCGCACUACGACGCAGUUAGAGCUUAUCCCGCAGUGGAUUUCGUAUCAUCCUUUCUGCCUUUCCAAUCAAG